AAAAGCCAAUUUCUAAUAAACAACAUGAUAAAUAUAUUUGUACAUGUUAGUGUGAACAUUAACUGACUGUUUCUGUUUCCCUGCAGUAAUCGGAGGGUCACCAGUCCCGUCAAAGCGUGCCACUUUGAGUCCCAUCUGAACAAACUGCAGGCCGACUCCAACUACCUGCUGUCUGAGGAGUUUGAGGAUCUGAAGGAUGUGGGCCGCAACCAGACGAUGGACGUGGCCAGACUGCCGGAAAACCGCGGGAAGAACCGCUACAACAACAUCCUGCCGUACGACUCCACCCGGGUGAAGCUGUCCUACCUGGAGGAUGACCCCUGCUCUGACUACGUCAACGCUAGCUAUAUACCUGGCAACAACUACCGCCGGGAGUACAUCGCCACCCAGGGGCCGCUGCCGGGCACGAAGGACGAUUUCUGGAGGAUGGUGUGGGAGCACGGUGUGCACAACGUUGUCAUGGUGACGCAGUGUGUGGAGAAGGGACGGGUGAAGUGUGAUCAGUACUGGCCGGCCGACAAGGAGCCGCUGUACUACGGCGAUCUGGUCAUUCAGAUGCUGUCAGAGUCCGUCCUGCCAGAGUGGACCAUCAGAGAGUUCAAGAUCAUCUCGGAGAACAGCUGCAGUUAUCCACGGAUGAUGCGUCACUUCCACUACACGGUGUGGCCCGACCACGGCGUUCCCGAAAGCACCCAGUCCCUGAUCCAGUUCGUUCGGACCGUCCGGGACUACGUGGACCGCUCACCCAGCACUGGCGCCACCGUUGUGCACUGCAGCGCCGGAGUCGGUCGGACCGGGACCUUCGUCGCCUUGGACCGGGUUCUGCAGCAGCUGGACUCCAAGGGAGGCAUCGACCUGUACGGCUGCGUGUUCGACCUGCGGCUGCACCGGCAGCACAUGGUCCAGACUGAGUGUCAGUACGCCUUCCUGCAUCAGUGUGUGAGGGACGUGCUGCGAGCCAGGAAGCACCGCAGCGAGCAGGAGAACCCGCUCUAUCCCAUCUACGAGAAUUUCAACCCAGAAUACUGCCGCGAUUUCAUCUACAACGGACGUUAACGAGGCAACGGCGCUCAGCCAAUCAGGAGAGAGGAAGCUCACCAUGGAGACGUGUUCAGUAACGGGUCGGACGUUAGCAGCUAAAUAAAAUCUGUUUCUUUGGUCGGGAUCACCAGUUUAACUGUGGUAAAUCACCGUGGAAACCAAACUCAUCACCAACAGGAUUCAGGUUAAAUGUGCUGUAAAAAAGACAUUUUUACAUGAUAUAAAACCAGUUUGUUGGGUUUUUUUUUUAAACCGAUCGGU